CACCCGCACAAUGGCACUCGAUUUCACACGGCGCCAGUGGCUUACGCUGAUGAUCAUGGGGUUGGCCGACUUCUGCAAUGCAAUCUGUGUCAGCUUACAGGCACCAUUCUUCCCCAACGAGGCGGAAUCGAAAGGAGCCACCGCCACCGAGUACGGGCUCGUGUUCGGAAUCUUCGAGCUGGUGGUGUUCAUCAUCUCACCCGUGUACGGUCAGUACAUCAACCGGAUCGGACCGAAAGUAUUAUUCAACAGUGGCAUCUUCACAACCGGCACCUCGGCCAUCCUGUUUGGGUUGCUCGAUCGCGUGCCAGGACACGUGCCCUUCAUCACGCUCGCGUUCGUGAUACGCAUCGUCGAAGCGCUUGGGAAUGCCGCCUUCCUGACGGCUUCGUUCGCCAUCAUCGCGAAAGAGUUCCCAAACAAUGUGGCCACGACGUUUGCCUCGCUCGAGACCUGCUUCGGGUUGGGGUUGAUCGUUGGCCCAAUGGUUGGAGGCGCACUGUACAGCGUCGGUGGCUACUAUCUGCCGUUUGUCGUGCUCGGUUCGGCCCUUUUUGUGACGGCCAUCCUGACGCUUUGCAUCCUGCCAAAACACCCCCAUGAGCAGCCACCGAAUCGGGAUAAGGCCGCCUCGCUGCUGGCGGUGUUGAAGAUCCCUGGUGUGGUUGUGUGUGCCCUGGCCAUUUGUGCUACAAGCGCCUCGAUCGGGUUCCUGAGCGCUACCAUGGAACCACACCUACGUCAGUUCGAUCUCAGCCCUAUCCUGCUAGGUGUCGUGUUCGUCAUCAACGGUGGAGUGUACGCUUUGACCGCUCCAGCUUGGGGCUGGGGUGUUGAUAAGUUUCUCAACCCAAAAAUCGUCUCCACCAUCGGAUGUUUUCUGAUCGUCGGUGGCUUCUGCCUUGUAGGUCCUGCGUCAUUCAUCCCGCUUGAAACGAACCUCUCGUACAUCAUCACGGGGCUGGUGCUACACGGACUGGGCAUCGCAGCAGUGCUCGUUUCCAGCUUCACGGACGCACUCAACAUAUCAAUCAAGAAAGGGCUCCCAGACAACAUCGAGACGUACGGGCUCAUAUCAGGCCUCUGGACGUCGACGUUCGCGUUCGGGGCCUUCGUUGGUCCGUCCGUUAGCGGGCUGCUGUUCGAUGCGAUCGGUUUCCGGGCAUCCACCGUGUUCAUCAUCGGGCUGCAGCUGCUCGUCGGUAUCAUCACUAUCCUGUUUUUGAUCUGCGAGCGAUCACCGGCACCCUUCAAGGAGCUGUCGUCGGUUGAGUCGUUGAUCAAGCAUCCUGCCACCGGUUCGCAGGAUGGCGAUUCUCACAACGAAAGCUCGGUCAGCCGAACGAGCAGCCUCGACAUCACCUACCGCGGCAGCAAGGCGGGAUUCUCCGGCAGUCAGAGUUCGCUCAUCGGUUCUUGGCGCCCGUCGGUAAACAACCUGCUAAUCAGCAACAGCUAUCAAAGCAAACAAGGACACUGGGCACGUUCCGUCACGGAGCUCGAGACGAACAGUGGCACACAGUACGGCACGCAUUAUGGCAGUUUUGAUGCUCGGCCCGGUUAUCACGACACGAUGGCAUAAGGACCUGAGUCUCCUGAGGCGAAACACACGCCCUCAGCGAACGCCAUCGUGCGGUCCGUGCCUGCGGAUCCUUCCGGUUUCGGGUUUCAUCCGAGACCGUGCCGUUUUCACGGGCGGAACACCCGCCCAUUACCUGCCAAAAGACAACCAGCUUAACUAGUUGUAA